AUGCCUGAUUCUCAGAUUGAACUUCCCCCUACUAGCUCGCAUGUCGAUGUCCAACUGCUGAACGGCGGAAGCAUGAUGGCUGAAUACCAUAAGCUUCAUAAAGGUGAGCCAGCCAAAAAGUUCCGAAUGUAUAACUGGGCUUUUUUCAUCCACCACACGGGAAAUGGUCGAAAGGUAAUUUGGGAUUUGGGAAUGUCAUCGAACGGAGAUGACUUCCCACCUGUCAUUGCAAAUGGACUGCUGAAAGAAGCCCAAGUUGAGGGUCCUCGUGAAUCAAUUGAAGCGCAGAUUGAACGCCGCAAUGGUAUCAAACCAGCCGAGAUCGAUAAUGUUUUACUAAGCCACGCACAUUUCGACCAUUGCCGGCCAGUACACAAUACGUUUCCAAAUGCAACAGUCUAUUUCGGUCCUGGUACAUCAGAGCAUUGCGCCCCAGGCCACCUGCAGAAUGAAUCAUCAAUGUGGGACGGCCGAUUCUUCGAUCCGGAAAACGCAACUGAGAAUUGGAAAACCUUGGAAGGACCAUGGAAGAACUUUGGACCGUUUGAAAAGGCACAGGAUUUCUUUGGCGAUGGAAGUUUUUGGAUCAUUCAGGCUCCUGGGCAUAUGCCUGGUAACUUGCUUGCAUGCGCCAAGCUUCCGACGGGCGAUUGGGUUAUGCUGGGCUCUGACUGUUGCCACUCGCGAGAGCUGUUUACUGGUGAGAAAGAGUUCGCGUCUUUCGAACUUCCCAAUGGGACAACAUUUUGUCUCCAUCAAGAUGUGCCGGCGGCUAGGGACACCCUGGAGCGCAUGCGGAUAAUGGAGGCGAGCUUCGGAGCUCAUGUUGCUCUUGCGCACGAUACUGCAUGGAUGGAUAAGGAAAAUGACGAAGUACUUUUAUCCCUACUGGAUAAUGAGCUUCGGCGUGAUAUUCGCGACGCAUUGAAACAUCAGGCACCUUUUUAG